CAUCAAUGGGUAAUAUAUGUCGAUAAAAUCCUAUAAUUGAUAAAGAGAACAAUGAAGUUAAUACGUCUCAACCUCCAACUGUUUAAUUAGCUGUAGCACCAAAAAUAGAGGAUGUAAAGGCCGAAUAAGUUUAAUAAAAGAAAUAAGCUGAAUAAAACAUAGAAGAGGAUUAACCGAAAUAAGAAAAUGAAGUAUACAUAGUAAAUAAAUUUAUGCUAGCCUAAAAGAAAAGAAUAAAAAAAGAUGGCUAAAAUAGCUGCUGUUAUAGAUUAAGAAGUGAUUUAUGAAAACGUUUAAAAAUAAGAAAAAACAAAAAGUCCUUUUGAUUAUCAGCUAUUGUUGAAUACUUUUGGCAAUAGUUUUAUUUUUGGUUAAUUGCAGAAUGAAGACAAGUAAGAACAAUUUUAUAUUAAGAGUUAAAGUUAUUGAUACAAUGUUUUAUUGUACAGUUCAUGAUGGGUAAAUGGUUUUUAAGUAAGGAGACAAAGCAAGUUCUUAUUUUUUGAUAGAGAGAGGUUAAUGUUAAAUAAUAAUUAAUAAUGAAGUUAAGAAGACACUUAAAUAAGGUGAAGCUUUUGGUGAAUUAGCUUUACUUUAUAAUGCUCCUAGAUCUGCAUCAGUUAAGGCUGUUGGAGGUAUCUCAUUGAUAUAAUUCUUAAUAUAGAUUGUGCAUUUUGGGCAAUUGAUAGAAAUACUGUAAGAAAAGCUAUUGAAUCAAUAUCGUAACGAGAUUAUGAACAGAAUAAAGAAUUUAUUAAUAAAGUAUAAUUUUUUGGUAAUAUAUUAUAUUAUCUAUAGAAUCGUUAACUGAUGAUUAAAAAGCUGCUAUUCCUUCAGCUUUAAUAACUCUUAAUUUUAAAGCAGGGGAAAUUAUAGUUAAUGAAGGAGAUUAAGCUGAUUCUUUUUUUAUUAUUAAAAAAGGAGAAAUUUAAAUAUCAAGAGGAGGAAAAGAAUUAAGAAUUAUGAAAACAGGAGAUUCUUUAGGAGAAUAAGCCCUUUAAACUAAUUCUGUAAGAGGAGCUACUGUUAAAGCAAUCAAAGAAGAUGCUAUUAUUUUAGCUUUAGCAAGAGAUGAUUUAACUAGAAUUUUAGGAGAUAAAAUUUAAUUUAUCAUGUAUAGUAAUUUAUAGAGAUGGGCAUUUGAAAGACAUGCUGUUCUUAAUAAAUUAACUAAAUUAUAAGUUGAAAGAAUUGUUAGCAAUAUGUAAUAAAUUUAAAAGAAGGCUGAAGAAUCUAUCAUCGCAAAAGGUUAGCCUUGCAGAGAAAUUAUAAUUGUAUUAUAAGGUUCAAUUAAAUAUGGAAAAGAAGUUUUAGAAAAAGGAUAAAUGUUUGGGGAUAAGUUCUUAGAUUAAGGAGACAAUGUUAUAUUAGGAGAGCCUGUUAUAAUGAAAGAUGAGGGAAUGAUUGCUGUAAUAACAUUUAAGCAAUUUUUUGAAAUAAUAGGAGGUUCUUUAGAAUAAAUCUUUGUUAAAAAUGAAAAAGCUCAUGAUAGAUUUAUUAAAAAAGAGGAUGGAUAGAAAUAAGAGAUGUACAAACAUUUUGAGUUAGAUUAAUUAAUUUCAGUUAAAAAGUUAGGAUAGGGUUAAUUUGGUAAUGUUUAUUUGGUUUAUAACAAAUUGGAUAAAAAGACAUAUGCUUUAAAAUGCAUUUCUAAAGCUUAAAUAAUAGAUUAGAAUCUGGAGAAGCAUUUAGCUUAAGAGAAGAUUGCUUUAGAAACUGUCAAUUUCCCUUUGAUAAUGCAUUUCGCUAGGAGUUUUAAAGACAAUACAUAUAUAUAUUUUUUAGAAGAAUAUAUAAGAGGAAUGGAACUCUUUGAUGUUAUUAGAGAUAUAGGAUUGUUAAAUACUUAUGAUUCUUAAUUUUAUAUAGGAUCAUUGAUAUUAUGUAUGGAAUAUUUACAUCUAAAUAAUAUAAUUUAUAGAGAUAUUAAACCUGAAAAUAUUAUGAUUGAUGAAAAAGUAUCUUAUUUUCUAAAUAAUAGGGAUUUAUGAAAUUAAUAGAUUUAGGGACUGCUAAAAAUCUAAAAAAUAAAAAUGGAAGAACUUACACUAUAAUUGGAACUCCACAUUAUAUGGCUCCUGAGAUUUUAACAGGAAAAGGUUACACUUAUUCAGUGGAUUUGUGGUCAAUUGGGGUAUGUUUAUAUGAAUUUAUGUGUGGUAAUGUCCCUUAUGCUGAAGAUGCAGAUGAUCCGUAAAGAAUAUGAAUUAAUUUUAUAGUUAUGAGAUAUAUGAAGAGAUUUAAAAGAAAUAAUUAGCUUUUCCAUCAGUUUUAAAAGAUAGAAAAGCUAAGAAAUUAAUAGAAUAAUUAUUGAGUAAGACACCAGAGUUAAGACUUGGUUCAACAUAUGCAAGUUUAAAAAAUAAUGCAUUUUUUGAAAGAUUUGAUUAUGUAAAUGAUUUAUUAAACAAAAAUAGGAUAGUCUAAUAAAUAGAGAGUUGAAACCUCCAUAUAUACCACCUAAAAAUAAAUUACAUAGUGAUAAAGAUAUAUAGAAAGCAAUUUAAGUUGGGAAAUUAAUAUCUGAAGAAAUAAAAGUAUAAAAUUAAAUUAAAAUAGAAUGAUCCUGCAACAGCAUCAAAUGUAUAUCGUCCAGAGAAAGCAAGAGAUCCAAAUUGGGAUAAAGAAUAUUGA